AGUUCGCGUUUGUUACCACUAGAGUUUACCAGUUGUAGGAUUUCUCUCGAGCAUGGUUGAACGGCUUAUACAAUGAGAGUCUGUAGUCGGGUUGCGGUAACCCAGCCUCUCUGGAUUUACCCCCGUACGCGCUCGGACUACUGACGAGUCGCUGGCUGCACGGAUCACGACAGUCAAGUCUAACUUCAACUCGCUACCAUUUACUUAUUUUGCUGAUCGACAUCUGGCUAAACAGCGUCGGAAAUGACACCGAUGGAAAGUGCUUAUAUUCUGUUUGAACUCACUGGAAGUUUGCGGAUGUUUUAUCUCCGAGUAUAUGGAUUAUAACUGCGUGUUAUCAUUCGGGAGCUGAUAGGAAAUAUUAUGAUAAACGCGACAUGCGUGUCUUGUUUACUGCAUGAGCUAAUACAGCGCAUUAGCGUGCUUUAACUAGUUUUUACCCACGCGACUGUAAAAAGUCCACGUUGUGGAUUUGAAACACCUUGCGCGGAGUUGCGCACGUUGCGAUUGGGCAACCUGGACGGCUGCAGAAACCGCUGCAAAUAGUGCAUUAAUACAUUGUUGCACUCAUUUUAAAUUUUGCAUCCUGAAAACAGCUUUGGUUGACAGCGAGGGAUUGUUAAAGGUAUCUGAAAGCGUUUGAAAUGAUUGUAAUUUCGCAAACUUAAGUUUUAGAUUGCCAGCAAUCGAUUAAUGUUGUAAACGUUAUGUUUUGGUUAUGUAAACGUUAAAAUGUGUUUUCUUAACGUCUUCCAGCAUUGUUAAUAACAUCGAAAAGACGUCACGUCAACUUUUGUUUUUACAUCGCCGUCAGUAACUUUUAAACUUUAAGAAGAGGCAACUAAAGGUCAUGGGAGAGGCAGCUCCGACCCAGGCGACCCCGAGUGGAUUUGCACCCAUGUUGGGCGUCGGGAUGGGAGGACCAAUCACACCAAUAGCCACAUCAAGAGGAUCGUCGGUUCCUCAGCUGCAUACCGCUAUAGUGGAGCGCCUGCGUGCCCGAAUCGAGCUGUGCCGACGGCAUCACUCCACCUGCGAGAGCCGCUAUCAGCGCGGCCAGGCGGAGACCACGGACCGGGAACACGAGAGCACACUUCAGCUCUUAAAUAUUGUCCAGCAGGGCACCGGGAAUAGAAAAACCAAGGGCAAUAGAUCGGCAUCUCAGCAGCCCUCCGACUUCAACAGAGUCAAUGGUGAACACAAAGUCCACAAUGUGUCGGAGGCUGAAUCCAAAAUCUCCUCGCAAAUAGCAGGUCUAAGGAGAAAGAUUGCAGCACAGUCUCCUGCUUACAAUCCCAAGCAGAAUGGCCUCUCCUGUGGCGCAUCAGGAUCUGACUUCAAGCGCCCCCGCAUGGAACCCAACUCCUUUCGACCCGUUUCCUGUGCUCUGGCUUCGGGACAGGCCCAAAGCUUGGUUAGGGAUUCUUCCCAGGGUAACAUGCUUAGAAAGAAGGACACUUUCAUGAUGCCUCACGGAAUUGGCAACGAUCUCUUUAACACAACUCUGAGGGAUAUGAAGAAGGAGCCAACUGAAGUUCAGACAUGCAGCCAGUCAUUGACGGAUCCAGUUACGCUUACGUUUGACUUCAAAGACGAAGGAAGCGGACAGAUAGAUCCUGAGCUCCAGGACUUGUUUGAUGAACUCACUAAGACAGUGCCGUCACUUAAUGAUCUGGAACUGGAAAAGAUGCUAAAGCAAGACACUGACUUUGGUCUGGAUCUGGGGCGACCCAGUUCAGCUGGUGCAGCUCCUCCUUGCAUUCAUCUAGAUAAGCCAAUUAAGACGGAGUACUUGCCAGAUUUUACCCAGGCAUCUGGUGGCUGUUCGCAGCUCAGACCAGCAUCUGCCGGGCCUUCCUUUUCUAUGGCUAACACAACUUUAUCCACCUCAUCCAUAUCUUCGGGUCAGCUGAAUCAUGGACAGUCUACGGGAGGUCCUCCUUCUAGAGGACUUCCAGUGUGGCCGGAAAUGUCACAUGCUGAGCAGCUAAAGCAAAUGGCUGCCAACCAACAGCAGCCCAACACUAUGCUUUACAGCCAUCAACAGACUCAAGUCGGAGGGGUUAGGAACUGGUCUUCUUCCUCCUUGGGUGUUCACCAGACCCCUACCUCUUUCAAUCAGGAGACCAUUCCCAGUACCGCUUCUCUUUCCCAGCGAAGAAUCAUCGGUCAGAGUGCUGGACAGGCCAAAAACAUGCCCAGCUGCUUUCUCAAGCCCAAUGGAUACAACACCUCCCAUCACCUCGACACAAAGGUUCUAAGCACUAAAACCCUGGUCCAUUUCAACACUAAAGUUCCACCUUCAUCUACAGGUCAACCAAUGCCUCUUAUGACAGUUCCACCAAACAAACAGCAGCCUCAGCCAUCAACAACAGGGCAGGGUAUACACUUUCAGAACUGCCAACUGCCCAUCCAGUCAUCUCCCUGCCUGCAAGCUAAGCCCAAUAGCCAAAGGCCUCCUCUUAACCAGCAUGGUACUGGAAUGGGUUUGAGAACGGCACAGCAAAGACAGGGUAUUUCACUUGGCCCUCGUCUACCAGCAGCUGCUCGCCCGGUAGAUAUUACAGCGCAGGCAGCUACACUCACUUCACAGCAGAAGAACCCAGGCCAGGACCAGAACAUUCAGAGACAACUGGGCCAACAGCACAGCAUUACUGAUACAGACAAACUGAGCACCCAGGAUCAGUUUAGUCGUCACCUAACAAGACCUCCACCGGACUACAAGCAACCAUGCAAUGGAGUCAUACCGCAGCAGCCAGGCUUAUACUCAGGCAAUGGGUCAGACCAAAAUAACCUCCAGCCCUUGUCAUGCCACCUGCCCAAUGGACGGUCUACCAAGAUGGCGCCCAAUUCAGAUGAGCGAAGGUUUCCCAUUGGACAAGAAUCAAAUUCUGGAUCUACGGGUGCUCAGGCUUGCACAAGCCAGCUACGACAGCAAUCCAACAGCCUGGUCCAAAUGGGGCUUCAGCAGAACAAAUCACAGUUUCAUGGGACAAACAAUCCAAGUGCCACUUUUCAAUCGAACACUCAGCAUGCCAGGACCAGUAUCAGUCAAGAUGCCAUAUUGGGGCAAGGACUGGGUGACAUAACCACCUGGGCAGCUACGGCCAAACAGGGGCUUUCCAACACAGUGACGCCCCAAAGUGACAGUCGCUUUUCCCCAAGGCCCAAUCAGGUGGCACCUCACUCCAGCCUCCUACCUAUAAACCCCGUGGUCAGAGGUUCUGCUCCCAUAUCCAGUCAGCCCAGGAUACCUCCAUUACCCGGAGUUACGUGUCUGAGCCAAUCCACCCCGGAACAACAGGGAUGCCCGACCGCAUUUGCAGGGAUGACCCAAAGCCCGGGAACGUAUCAGAAUAACCGAGCGGGGCGUCUGACCUUUGACUUCCUACAGGAGGACGAUAACACGGUACCAGGGAUCAAUGCUGAUUCUGAUUUUAUAGACUCUCUGCUUAAAUCAGGUUCAGGCAAUGAUGACUGGAUGAAAGACAUUAACUUGGAGGAAAUUCUUGGUGGUCAUUCGUAAAGCAUCUAAAAGAAUCUAAAACCUGUCAUGAUAAACAUUUUCUGCUAUUGGAUUUCUGUUUAUCUUGGUGUGAAAAACAAAUGAAUAACAUGUACCAUAUUGUUGGAAUGUUUCUUUAUAUUAUCAUCUAAUAUGUUGUAAAGUUUCAUGUUUAUGGUGGCCUAAUGGUAGAAAUUACACCCUUUGUUACACUAAAUCUGUUGUGUUACUAAUUCAUUAACAGAAAGAUUAUUGUAAAUGAAUAUGUGUUAAGUUUGAGCCAAUAAGGACUAACCAGAUCCAGUACAAGGCUUGCUGGACUGAAGGGGCAGUCAGAAAUUUUGGUUGGGUAGCACUUUUUUGAGUAAUAUGUUGUUAAGAUUGUUGUGGGGGUGAUGCCAACACUUAAUGUGUGGUUCAUGUGCGCGAUUCGAAAUUGAUUAAUUUGUCUAGGUUUAAACAGGUUUAAAGGUUCACAUUAGUGUUUACUCAAAUUACAUAUCAACAGAUUUUCAAAAAGAUCUAUUUAUAAUAACGUUGGUAUUAUUUUAUCCCACACUUAAAAGUUGUUAAUCUGUAUUCUUAGGGAAUACAGGGAAUAUAUGCUAUGAAUAUUACAGGAAAUGAUCAACCUUUAGAAAGGCACAGGGCGUUUUAGGAGGUCUUGUUGGCAAAAUUGUAUUUAUACAUCUGUAUCUCAGUAUAUGUUUUAUUUCUUUUCUAUAUUGCGCUUUAAUUCUGUUAUGAAUGUGUAUAUCCUACCAUGUCAAUUUAGCCUUUGAUAAUAAAUGACAUAAAUGAAAAAUCUACA